UGUCAGUCAACUGUCAAAGUCGCAGGUGGAAGAUUAUCCUAUAGUAAUUAUUAUUUCGGUUGUUUGUAAGUAUAUUGUAUUAAUUACCUACGGUGUUAUUACACAAUUAGAAUAUAGUAUUUGUGUGUGCAACCGAGUUUUAACCUGAGGAAAUGGAAGCAACUAAAAAUAACGGCAGUCGUGGUGGUGGUCGACUGAGAAACCGUGGUGGUGGUGGUCCAGUAAGAAACCGCGGGCGUGGGCGUGGACGUGGGCGCGGCGUUGCCCGAUCGCUUCAUUUUGCUAUGGGACAGCCAGUGGUAGAGGAUGCAGUCAGCGUCUCGUCUGCGUCCUUUGCUGUUGCAGGACCAUCGCAACCAACGACGUCAAUGGUAGAAGAAAGAAAAAAAAUAAAAAUGCGGGCUCUGGACAAGAAAAACAUGGCCCAGUUACCAGAUGAGCAAAGGGCACGGCUUCAAGAACUACGUGACAGGAAGGAGGUCAGUCAGUUUUUAAUGCCUGAUGCUCCUCCUAGCAAAAAUCGAAGAAAAGUGUCGCCGGUCCGAGUGUCGUGUCCUUUGGUGCCGGGCACCCCAGAAGUGCCGCCCCCGCGUAUUCCUCAAAAAUGGGAAUUGCAGAAGUCAGCGUUGGACGAAAGUGAGCCUUCGAGGUUUGAGCUCGUAAAAGAAGAAGCCACCACACCGCCACCCUCGAAGGAAAAUCAGUUAGUUUGUACCCCGUCCAAGGGGUUAAUUAUCCUAGGUGAAGGUCAAGAGGUGGACGAGCACAAUAUUUUGGUCGAUGCCAACAUUGAGAUGGUUGGGUUCCCGCCCGGGCCAUCGACGUCUUUCACAAGAGCAGAACUUUCGAUUUACGAAGAAGACCCGGAGGAAGAAAUUCUGCAGUGCGAACACUCUGCGGUUCUGAAUCCUGGCAGUGAUGUUGAGGAGGAGGAUUGCCUGGAUGGUUUUCGAUCUUCCAGGAGGCACGCUGGAGAAUUCGCCGUGGAAGACUUGUCCAGCGAGCUCCGCGAGGUCUUAGGAUCCAUCGACAGGCAGGAUGAUUGUGCUCUACAAGAGUCGAGUCAGGAGGAUUUGCUGAUAUUUGAUUGGUCUCACGAUCCCCAAGUUUUUGUUGGGGUGCGAGAAAAUUUUACGGGACCAGCGGGGCCAACUUUCCCCAUUGAGGGUAUGUCUCCGUUCCAAGUUUUUUCGAAAAUUUGGGACGGAGACAUAAUCAACCUCAUCGUCGAUGAGACCAACAAAUAUGCAGCGAAUCUGGUCUCCUCGCCCAUUAAACAAUUCUCUCGUAUGAGAAAAUGGACACCAAUAACGCCACAAGAGUUGUGGACGUUUAUUGGUGUCAUUAUGCUGCAAAGCAUCAUCCCACUCCCUGUGGAGAAGGAAUACUGGUUCCCCUGUUUGCCUUAUUUAAAAUUGGGCAAAUUCGCCGAUAUUAUGGCGUACCAUCGUUUUUCGCUCAUAAAGCGAUGUCUACACUUUGUAGACAAUAUUUUGUGUGGCAGAGGUAUCCCGACGAAGCUCAUGAAGAUUCAACCAGUAAUUGACCACCUCAACACAAAAUUUAGCUCUUUAUACCUACCUGAGCAGGAAAUUGCUAUAGACGAGUCGCUGAUGCUGUGGAAAGGCAGACUCUCUUUUGCUCAGCUCAUAGCAACGAAAGCUGCUCAGAUAGGUAUAAAGAGUUAUGAACUUUGUGAGUCCAAGACGGGAUAUCUCUGGCAGAUGAUAGUAUAUACUGGGAAGAAGGAACGCCAUAAUGACGAGAACGAGGCUGAGCCUGAGGGUGCGACGUCAAGGACUGUUUUAAAGUUAGUUCGUCCAUUACUUAAUAGAGGUCAUACUCUAGUAAUGGACAACUUUUAUAACAGUCCUUUACUGGCACGCACGCUCAAGGCCCAGAAAACGGACGUUAUGGGCACUCUGCGUCUGAACCGGGAGUUUGUGCCUGACAGUUUGCGCUACAAAAAUAAGGCAAACAUGCGGACUGGUGAAGUGGCAUUUAGCCAGACACGGGACAUGACAAUUACGGUGUGGAAAGACACGAAUGUGGUAUCACUAAUAUCAACAUACCACAAGGUAGAGGUCGGCGGAAAAGAGAAGUACGGCUACUAUCGGUAUAAACCGAAAGUAGUAUUAGAUUACAACCUGGCAAUGGGAGGCGUCGACAAAAAGGAUCAACUUUUGCAGGCGUUUCCCAUAGAAAGGGUUCGUAAUUUAAUUUGGUACAAGAAGCUUUUCCGCCGGCUUCUCAACGUGUCCAUCCACAACGCCUUUGUCAUGUUCUCAAAAUCAGGGACAGUCAAAAUGGCACAGCGGCAAUUUCGGGUGUUGUUGGCGGAUGAAAUCAUACAGAGAUUUCGCCCGCCAAAAAUAGAACGACCGCUCCCAAUAACCAGCCACUUCCCUGCUAAGACAAAUGUGAGGAAGUCACGUUGCAAGUGGUGCGCAUUAAAAAAAGUAGAUGCUUGCACAGCUUAUAAGUGCGAAUCUUGCAACGUGAACCUCUGCAUAAUCAAUUGCUUUAAAGACUAUCACAUUUCUCGGGGACUGGUAAAGUCCAGUAGUAGUCAAAGAAUAAUCUUUAAAUCAACCAAUUUUACUUAACCGACUGCCGAUAGAUAAUCAUAUUUUUGAAAUUGACAUUUAAAACCCUUUAUACCAAACUCGAUAGGUUCUGGAGUUUUUUUUUAACGCGUCGUGUGGCACCUGGAUUCCGCCAUUUUUUUAAAAUUAAUUGUUUCAAUGACAUUCAGGCUACUAAGACAAACCUAACAACAUUUAAUUUAUACAAAUCGGUCCAUUCGUUUCGCCUAUAGACGGUGGCAACGAAUAUUACUUACAUCAUUCGAAAAACAUUACCCUCCUUUUUUGGCUUGGCAGUCGGGUAAUAUAAAUCAUAACAUUUUUUUCUUACAUUGAUACAGGGAUUUGGAUCCAGAGUAUAUAUAUUUUUUUCUAUUUUUAUUUUGUGUGAAUAAAAAUAAUUAUUUUAAACCCGAAUGUGCACUUCAUGUAACCCCGGCUUUAUGGCACACUUCUUUUGUCCAUUCUCCCGAUUUGUGAUAUUUCUUUACUUGUAUUUUUUUUCGAUAGCUAUUGAAUAACAAGUGUGAUACAUCAUUGGAAAGGGUAUUUGUUGUAGAAAAUAGUUACGUAUCUCCUACUUUUUUUACUCAAACUUCACUAAACAGAAAAACGCCAGAAAUAUUAAGUGCGUUUUUACGUCAGUAGGAAUUUCUUCAAUCAAUUCCAUAUUUUUCUGUAUUCGAUAAACUUAUCGACAUUAUAUUUACACAU